ACGUGUUUCAAGAUGGCAGCUCACAGUGUCAGGUCGUGUGUUGUGAAACAGAGCUAGUUAUUCAAACAGUGUCUUUAUGUUAGAUCUUUUAGAGUAGCACAGUAUAGGUUUAUAAAUAACACGGCUGCGCCACUGUUUGCGGACAUGUCACAGCGUUAGCGGCUCAAUCUGGUGAGGGAAUUUAAAGAUGGUGGCGAGUAGCUGAAUGGCACUUGAAGCAGCUGUCACAAACUAGAAAACAUUACAGUCAGAGAGAAAAUGCUUCCAGCUACAUGGUCGCGGCUGUGCCACAGGGCUUUGUCCUGCCGGGGACAGAGGACGCUGAGUCUGUUCUCCAGCUCGGGACCUUCAGACUGGACUAAAGUGGUCUCCGACGCAGAGAAGAUCGUCGGGUAUCCGACCUCCUUCAUGAGUCUUCGCUGCCUGCUCAGUGAUGAAUUCAGUAAUGUUGCCAUGCACGUCAGGAAGCUGGUCGGGACUCGACACCCUUUACUCAACACUGCAAGGGGCUUUGUCUACGACAGUAAGAACAACCUUCAGAUGAGGGGACUGAUCGUCCUGCUCUUGUCAAAAACCGCUGGGCCGAGCCACGCAGCCUCCGACCUCCUAGGUCAGGACAUGGUCAGCGGCAUCUACCCUAGCCAGAGGAAUUUGGCAGAAAUCACUGAGUUGAUCCACACGGCGUUCCUGGUGCAUCGUGGGAUAGUCAAUCUGAAUGAGUGGACGGUUUCAGACGGCCCGCUGAAGGACAUGCAGUUUGGGAAUAAGAUGGCCGUCCUGAGUGGCGACUUCCUGCUAGCUAACGCUUGUACCGGCCUUGCUCAACUGGAUAACACUAAGGUUGUUGAACUGAUCUCGAGUGCCAUCGGUGAUUUAGUUGAAGGAAUCUACCAUGAGAAUUCCAAUAAUACUGAGGAGAAUAGUCUCACCGAUGGCGUCAACGUGGCGACAUGGGAGGAUCAGACAUUCCUGUCCCACGGGGCACUGCUGGCCAAGAGCUGUCAAGGGGCGAUGGAGCUCGCCAAACACGACAAGGAGUGCCAAAGAUUGGCCUACAAGUACGGCAGGCACAUAUCACUGGGCCACAAGCUGAACUCUGACCUGCAGCCGUUUGUGAAGAGCAGCAUAGGAGAGCCGGUGUCGUUCAGCUUGAGUGCCGCCCCGGUGGUUUUCCACCGUCAGAUCGUUGGCCGGGAGAGAUGGAAUCAACAGCUGCAGGAGGUAAAAACACAGAGAAACCAACUGGAUUACUCAAAGCUUUUGGCAGCAGUUAAGUCUGAGAAAGGCGUGAGCUCAGCGGUGGACUUAUGCUGUUACCAUGGCAACAAGGCUCUGGAGGCCAUCCAGGCUUUCCCCUCCUCCGAGGCUCGAUCCGCCUUGGAGAACAUCGCCUCCGCCAUCACCAAAUUUUGACCUGGGCUCACACACGCAUACAUACACACACACUCCUGCUCCUAAAUAGCCUGAAGUGUCUUUGUCUGCAGAGGCAACAGGACGAGAACCAGCAAACAGUCGACACUUCAGAGACAAAUGAACUUCUUUUGAACCAGGAGCUGGCUCAUGUCUGGAGAAACUGUUGUGGAUCUGCUCUGUUGUGGAUGACAGUGUGCGUCAGAAAUGCAAUGGCUGUAUCCAUAAAUGGUCAUCAUUAAAAAAAGAAUUAAAAAAACACAUUACUUCAG